CUUGCCCAUUUUUUGUAAGUAAGAAGUAGAUAACUGCUCCCUCUCGAUUGUGUCGAGGCGACAGGCUCUGGAGCUCGUGUUUGACGUCGCAGCAUUAUCUCAGAUGACUUGCUAACAUGACAACAACCGGCGUCAUCAGGUGUGCCUCUCGCGCUGCCACUACCGCUGCCGCGACCACCAAACCCAUUCCCACCUUCCUUCAGUUCCGGUCAUAUUCUUCACAAGCCCCAGCUCCCCGAGAACCUCCCUCGACAGUGUCCCCACGCUGGCUAUCCGACACCAAAGCCCGAGUGGGGAAAUGUAUCACCUUCGGUCUUAAACCAGAACAAGUCGACGAGGCCGGCUCGAUUGUUUCUGAACUUGGCACAUCAUGGCGGGAUCUCGUCGCCGGCAGUGAAGGCUUCUUGACCGAUCCUAAGCGCGCAGGUCUGUUCCGGCAGAACAUUGUCUGGGGCGAGCAAGAUUCCAUGGGACAUGUCAACAAUGUCAUGUAUGUGCGCUUCGCCGAGAGUGGACGCUGCAAUUGGACGAGAAACUACGGUCAAUAUCAUGAUCCUAAACACAGAGAUGCAUGGGAGGCGCUGUUGACCAGCAAGGGAAUUGGUCUGAUCCUUAAGAGCAUCACGGUCGAUUUCAAGUUCCCCAUGACUUGGCCUGACAAGAUCUCGGUGUUUCACAAGCUACGGUCAAGACCGGACGAGUCGACGCAAUCCCUGGUUCUCGAUGUCAUGAUCCUAUCAGAGGCCAAGCAGAGACCGGCUGCUAGGUGUUUAGAGGAUGUGGUCGUGUAUGACUACAGAGUCGGCAAGAAGAGUUCUUUGGAGCCUUUUAUGCUGAACCAAUUCAAGAAGACAUUUGAUCUCCAGGAGCAGGCUAAGAAGGACAAUCUAGCCAAGAUCCAGCAGAUUGAGGAAAGGGUACGGAAGCUCGAGAUGGCUAGCUGGGAUAAUCCGGAUGCGGUGGAAGAUAUGGGGAGUGCGGCACAGCAAAGUGCCUGAAGUCAAAGCAAUUACUACAGGCGGGUCAAGGGCACGUGUCAUGGAAGAACACGAUCACGGAACCUGCAAUGCCAUUCAAUGUUUGAUUACCUAUCCCUGACUGUUUCAAGGGGGUACAUAUGAUCGGUCGUAUAAAUAUCAUUUGUUGACCACUAGACGGAGUACAUAUCAUGAAUCCAGA